AUGAUUCUGUUGCAGUGGAAAACAAGGGUCAAUACCUACCAUACCUUCAUGGUAGCUCAAGACCACUUGUAUUUCCACAUUAGCAUUGGGAGCUACGACAAUACAUAUCUCAAAUAUAUUUUUGGCUCAGGUAUCCAGCCAGUGCGUCCAGCGCAAGGGGAAAUUCCGUUUCUUGAGAUCCAGGAAUUCGGGCCAUUUGACGUUACUAAUGAAGAAGAGCUUGGUGAAUUCCUGCACAUCAUGCUAUCCUUCAUACUCUGGCAACUUGAACAAACGGAAACUGGAACUACAUUCAAAAGAGCACUCAGCUAA